AUGAGUGACAAUAAUUUACCAUUCCUAGAGGAAGAUCUAGAGAGACAACCAUUAUUACCGCCACAUAUCAAUGCUACGGUUGGCGAAUCAACUCCUCACAUAGGAACCUCAAGCACACCAGAGGAGUCGAUAAUACCUACGGCGAAGGGCUCAAAAAAAAGUCGAUAUAGAUGGUAUAUCCCACUCUCAGCUAUCAUAUUUAUUAUAUUAUUGCUAAUUGUUGAAUCAAGAUCAUAUAUCUAUAAAAGAAUCCCCACGGAAGAUGAAAUAAGGGACAAUUUUGUUAGGAUGUCACAUGUCGAAGUCAAGAAGGUAAAAAUAGACGGUUGGACCAAAGAUAAUGGUAAGACGAUAAAUAAUGAUUCUGGGACUGCUUUACAAAUAUCUAAUAGUGUUGAAUUUUAUUUGAAUUACGAUAAGAUGGACUUAUCACAUGAUACUGAACAAGUGGAAUGGACCAUGGAAAAUAUAGUUAAACAUUUAUGUUUCGAUAUAAAUAAAUUAGAAAUCUUUAAUGAAAAUGAUAUUCUGACAAGGGUGCAUGUGAAAGAUCAUGUUCCAAUAUGUGUAGAUGUGAGAAAUGGAUCCGUAUCGCAUAUGGAAUUCACCCUCUUAGCGGAACCCAACGUGGAGAAUAUAUUGAAAGUUUUAAAAAGUAUCUGGCAUAAACGAUACGAUGAAAUAAAUAUUUGGUCACAAGUAGAUACUACCGUAAGCAGAAGGUGGAGCUCUUUUCUCAGCUCAAAGAUAUCAUUAACAAAUUUGAAAAUUAAUCUAAAUGAUUUUAUUAAUUGGGACAAAAUUAUGGAUCCCAUGGUCGAAAAUAUACAACAAAUAUUGGGGAAUAUUGAGAUACAGAGUUUAUCCAUGUCUGAUAGUUUUCGCGGGUUUCACAUAGAAGCCAAAUCAAAUGAAAUCAUGCUUCCGAAACGACCAGUAGAUUGGAUUGUGCUACCAUCUGACGUAGAAAUACCGAAACUUGAUUGGGAAAUAAAGCUACCCGAUUGUUAUGGAUAUUAUACAAUCGAUUUACCAAAUACAAAGUUUUCCACACGCCCCCUUAAUUUUACGAGAAGAAUGCAACCAUUCCUUGAAGGAGAAUUAUCUGGCUCAUUGCCUGAUGAGUUAUUAACACAUGUGUGCUCCUCGGAUGAACAAGAUACUGUGACACCAUUAACCUUACUGGUAAAUAAGUUUUUGAAUGAGAGUGAAAAAGUUACCGUAUAUGUGAAAGGAAGUCAUUCUGUAAAUCACAAUAAUUCACUGAUAUCUUCGCAUUAUUUAAAUGAAGCGUUGUCAAGCUUAUCAUACUUCGCUGUUAGUACGAUGACGACUUUCAAUAUUACUUCUCUGAUCAAAGAAUUCGAUAUUGAGGACAUGAAAUUGAAGUGGGAGACGGGGAAAUUUGGUGAGAGCAAACUAAAUAUUGUUGGAACUAUCAGUGGAUAUUUAGAUUUGUCCUUCUAUGAAACAGCUAGUGAAAAAUUAUCCGUUAACAAUAUCAAAGGUCUUCUUAGAUUAUAUCAUGACAAUAAACACUUCUUAACAAUACCAAUGCCGGCAUGGAUUAACGCAACUUCUGAGAUAAUUCAUGACCAUGAAAUGAAUAAUGGGGAUACUAUGAUGGAAAUUACUUUUGAUGUACAAAAUAAUGAUGUUAUCAUAGAAGAUAAGAUGGAAUUAACCAAAUGUUUCAACGAAAUAUUCUUCUUAGGUGAAACUAAUGUACAUUUCGAAAAUAAACUGGAUAUUGUAUUAGAAAGUUUGCUAGGAGAAAUUGUUUUAUUGGGUUUGGAAGGUGAAGGUGAUACCACUGUUCAUUAG